AAAUGUAUUUGUAUCCCUGGCAUAAACAAUGCAUAGUUUGUGCUUGGUCCUACUUUAGAAACAGCUGGCUACUUCACGUUACAAAGUUGAUUAUCGAUUAGUGGAUAUCGCUCCUUUUUAUUCUCGCCCCCUAAACAUCGUCAAGAUUUGGACGGUUUCAAUUGAGUAUCCAGUAAGUUUCGUUUGACAAUAUAAAACAUCAUUAUGUAUGAAACAUGUUUUAUUCAACGAAUAUGCUUCCAUUUAUUCUUCACUUUUUGUUGAACUCACUAGGUUAUUUUUAGUCCUAGUAUGACUAGCAAUCAAUAAUAACGGAUUACAUGUAACUUGUACUGUUUAGCAAGAAACAAUUACUAACCAGUUAAAUGUCGCGUGUGUUCGACGUUAUCCUUUUGUUACAUCCGAAUCACGCAUAGUUUCGCGAUACAAACUGUAAAAUUAAGGGACAACAUAAGCUCGGAGUGGUGAAUUGCUUUCAGUUUUGACUUUUUCAUGAGUAUCUGUCCUUCAUCAUGUCAAUCAACGGAAAUCAUCAGAAAUUAUAAAAUAUCGUUCUUCCCAAGUGGUACUUUAUUAUUAAAACAACACAUGAGUGAACGAUAUUGUUUUCAGUCAAGUCGUCAUCAGGCUUGACUCCAAUACACAUCUAUUUCAUUAUGGUAAUUGGUUUAUUAAUUACCUUGAUUAGUUUAGUGUUUUCACAUACCUAUAUAGGUAUUCAUGUUUAUUGUAGUAAAGCCUGGUGGCUAUCAAAUUGGAAAUAUUUUUCGCUUAUAUAUGUUCUCAAUUUCACAAUGGAAACCCUUAACAUUUUAUAUUGUGAAUACAAACAUUGUUAACAUUAAUGGUUAUUGAGUUUAUGAGAGUAAUCCUUAGAAUGAUAUUUCUAUAUACCAAACCUCUGUUACUGGACGACACCUAGACUUCCCCUAAAAGAUGACAUUUUCCACAAGUCUUAGUUUUCUGACCUAUCUAGACAGUUGUAAUAAAGUCUGAAGAUAGAUUCAUUAUUUGAUAUUGAGUUUUCUGUAUGUAUCGAAAUAUUUCAGUCACACUACGUUCCAACUAUGGGAUGGAAUCCUAUAUUUUAUGAUGGGAAGAUAGUUCCUUCGUUUUAUUCUAUUCACUCUCACUUCAGAAAUGUCUUUGUGUCGAAAAUUGGUUAUGCUGUGGUACAUGAAUUCAGUUUUUGAAAUAUAACCGGUAAAAAAGUCAAACUUCGUCCCAAUACAUAUUGAUUAUUCACUCUGGAGGUAUAGAUAAUUUAUAUCAACUACCUUAACAGUACGCUAAUAUGUUUAUAUCAAUUCAACUUCCCUAGCCCUCAUUAAAAACAAGGGAUCAGUGAAAAGAAGUUUUGAAGUAAUCUCUCUGGGCUCAUUGUUUUAUUUAUUCGGAUUGAUCUUUCUUAGGUAGUUGAUAACUCACAAUACUCAAAUACGUAGUGGUUGAUUGCAAUUUUUCCAACCAUACUUUUCUAUAAAAAGAACAUUAACUUCUAAGAUGGAAACUUCAGUCAGUUACAAAAUGGAUUCAUCAGAUGAAGGCUCGUCUCUUUCAGUAACCCAAACAGACACACCAACUUGUGUUCAUAAACACGAACCUACUGCUGAAGAAAAAAAGCUUACAAGACUUCUAAUUGAACGUGUCCUCCCCCCAUUUUCAAAAUCACUAAAACUACAAGCUCUUGUGGUUUAUCAAGCUGAUCAAGAAAAGAUGAAAUGUUUGCUUGUUAACCAAACUUAUGAGAAAACAAAUGAUCAUUCUUUUGAAAACGACAGUCCUAAUCAAGAUUUAUCAGAUUCAGGAAUUAUGGAUACAUCUACAGAGUCGAUUUCACCGAAUAAAACACAAGCUGAUGACGUUAUAAAGAAGUAUGGCUUUUCGAUCUCACGACGUAAACGGAAGCUAAGUCGACCAUGUAAAAUACCUCAAAGUUCUGUUGUUUCUGAUCCUAUCGAACCUUUACCUACUACAACUGCUUCAUCACCAACUUCCGUCCCAGCUCAACAGAUCUCGAAAGCAGUUACUGAAAUUGUAACGCCGAUGAAAAGUGGGCCAACAAAUGGUUUAUUUUUACCUGUCUCAGCAGUUACACUUCUUCCUCAUGUGAGUGUUUUCUCCCUACCUGUAACAGUACUAUCAACUGUCCAUCGCCCUAUUUUACCUCGGAUUUGCACUGAUAAACAGCCUAUUCCCCGUCCUGUUAAUAGUUGUAAUUUACAAACAGUUAUUUCGCCUCAAUCAAAACAUACAACGUCAUCUAAUUCACUUUCUAAGAAUUCCACCAGAGAAUCCGUAAACUCAACAGACGAUUCAAGUGUCCUUAAUCGUCGAUAUGCCAAGUCAUUUAUGUGUAAUCAGUGUCGAAAACCAUUUACAUCAUUAACUUUACUAUGUGAACAUACCUUUGCAGUGCAUAAAGCAUUUAAGUGUACUAUAUGCGGUGCACAAUUUACUCAACGAUCCAAUCUUCAGCGUCAUUCUCUUCGUCAUGUCGGUUUCAAACCUUUUGUAUGUAAGAUAUGCGAUAAAUCUUAUUAUCGUAAAGAUCAUCUUGUUCGACAUAUCGAACUAACACAUCCUGGUUGUGAUCCACGUACAAAUCUUACUGUGAAACUAAGUUCAGCUGAAUGUUUAGAUUAUCUAGAUCAAAUCAAUAAACACGACAAUACAAAUGGUGAACAGAUGCAAAUAUCAUGUCAAAACACCAAUAAUAAUAAUAAUACUCCUGAAAUUGCUGUCAAACAAGAUGAAAGUGAUUCUCAAGAAAAAUUAUGCCUUCUGGUUUCUCAAAAACAAGAACAACCUAGCAUUUGCUCACAAUCACAUCAAAUAUGCACUAGUAUAAAUUCCUAAAAAGCCAGUUAUUAUUAUUAUUAUUGUUAUUGUUUUCCAAAAAGAAGAAAUGUCGUCAUAUCACUGUUUUCUUUUCUACCAAUAUUAGACAGCUAUUGUUUUUUUUUCAUACUUUUCUAUCGUUCAUUGUUUCGUUUGCUUGGUCUAUUUUUCUUUUCUAGAAAUUUUGUUUUUUUUUUACAAUGUAGUCAUUUUCUAUUUUCAUAUUUUGUAUAAAUUAUUAUCAUUAUCAGUUUGAGAAAAUCAUUAUCUCUAUAAGGAAUUAUUAUGUAUCAUUGAUUGGUCUACAAAACUCUGUUUUUGAAUUAUCAUUUACUAAUGUGUUUGCUUGUGAUAACGAAUGAUAAACGAAAUCUAUAAUUGUACAAACAAAAAUAAUAAAAGUUUUUUUUUAAGU